AUGCUUGACAAGUGUGGCCUUACGCCCGAUAAGAUCAGUCAAUGGGAGGUCAACGAACCGUUUGGACUGAAUCCUCUUGCGUUCAUGAAAUUCUUCGACAUUGGGCCCAAGAAUAUUAACAUCAAGGGCGGUGCUGUUGCUUUUGGACAUCCACUGGCUACGAACGGUGGUCGUAUUCUUAAUUCACUGAUUCGAUCGCUGAAACCGGGCGAAUUGGGUGUUGCUGCGAUCUGUAAUGGAUGCGGUGAAGGAUGUUCAAUGCUGAUCAGAGGGAUGUAG